AUGUAUACUUCUGAAGAAGAGCUUCAGCACUUCAGUCGAUUCGAGGAAGAGCUACAAGCCAGGCCUGUGCCGUUGUCUUCCAAUGAGCUGGCAGAGCUGUACGAGGAGACAAAACCAGCUAUCAUGCAAAGUCUCGUAGACGAGGUCAACUCUAAACAGAAUCUAUGGACGGCGUCCACUGAACAAGGGAGAUUCUACGGUAGAUCCCUCGGUGAUGCUAAGAAGCUUUGCGGGACAUUCCUUAACGGGACUGAAGAGCUCGAGGAGAAGGUCUAUCCGGCGGAGGAGCUUGUUGACAUUCCAGACAGCUUCGAUGCCCGCGAUGCGUUCAAGAGUGCAAGGACGUCAUUGGCCAC